GCCACAGGGAAAGUUUGUCCUCAUUUCAAAGACAUGUGGGGAGGAGAAAGGGGGGUUUUGGUUUCAGGGAGAGAUAAAUAGGAGGGAUUAGGUGGAUUUUGACAUCUAUUAUGCCUCGAUAGAGAAUCCAAAGGCUGGGGAAUGUUGGUCUCUGACCAAGAGAGUCAUGGGCGUGCUUUUUCCCCAUGGCAAAGGUAUAGGAGUGCUUGAAGUUUUGACUUGGGCUCCUGGGGGAACUGAGAGACUGUUGGGGGAAAGUUGGGAGGGUCAGGUGAAUUGUGCUCCACAGCAUCAAUAGAUAGUGGAUUAUUCCACAGCACAGAGAAAAAUGUGAAGGGGAAGUGGGAGGGAAGAAUUAAUUCAGACAUCCCCAAACUUCGGCCCUCCAGAUGUUUUGGACUACAAUUCCUAUCAUCUCUGACCACUGGUCCUGUUAGCUAGGGAUCAUGGGACUUGUAGGCCAAAACAUCUGGAGGGCUGCAGUUUGGGGAUGCCUGAAUUAAUUGGAAAACUAACGGCUUGGUACAAGAGCAAGGGGGGUGCAAAAGAAAAAGAAAAAGCCUAGAAAUGCAGUCCUGGAAAUAAACGUACCCAGAGGUUACUGAAGGGUUGACUUGUGUGUGUGUGUGUGUGUGUACACACACUGUAUGUUGAUUACUGUACACAUUGAUGUUCUCACUUGAUGAUUGCAACAUUCACGCCAUAGGUCUAGUGCAGGGGGAUCAGCAAACUUUUUCAGCAGGGGGCCGGUCCACUGUCCCUUAGACCUUGUGGGGGGGGCGGACUAUAUUUUGAAAAAAAGAAGAAAAAUGAACAAAUUCCUAUGCCCCACAAAUAACCCAGAGAUGCAUUUUAAAUAAAAGGACACAUUCUACUCAUGAAAAACACCAGGCAGGCCCCACAAAUAACCCAGAGAUGCAUUUUAAAUAAAAGGACACAUUCUACUCAUGUAAAAACACGCUGAUUCCUGGACUGUCUGCGGGCCGGAUUUAGAAGGCGAUUGUGCCGGAUCAGGCCCCUAGGCCUUAGUUUGCCUACCCAUGGUCUAGUGCCCUAUGACACCACUUUAGGCAGCCAUGGCCUUCCCACAAAGAAUUCUGGGAGCUGUAGUCCAUUAAGGGUGCUGAGACUCACAGAGCUACAAUUCUCAGAGGGGCUUAACAAUCAAAUCGCUUUCCCCAGGAAACUCAGAGAAUUGUAGCUAUGGGAGAAUAGAGGUCUUCCGGCAACUUUCAGCACCCAGAAUUAUUUUGGGGGAAGCCACGACUGUUUAAAGUAGCAUCAUAGUGCUUUAAAUAUCUGGUGUGCCUGUGGCACAGCAGGCCGAAUUUUUGUAUUACCUCCUUGCCUCCGACACAACUAUUUGUGCUGGAGUAGCUCAUUCAACAUCAGCAAUGAAUUACAGAGCAAUCAAGCCAGCUUUCAAGGACCCGAUUCUGAAUUUAUUAAUUAUUUCUCUGGAAAAAAACAUUGCAUUGGGGCAGUCAUUGGAUGAUCUGAAAUUUCUGUCUGUGGUGAUGCAUUCACACAUCCGCACAUCAGUCAUCACUUGAUGUUGCAGUCAUCAGGUGAUGCACAUGCACAUGUGUAAACCAGCUUUUAUUUCCUUGCUGCACUAGUUAGAGUAUUCAAACAUUGCAGGAUACCUUUCCAACCUUUGGAAGGAGAUUCCUUGGGUCCUUCUUCUGUUGCUGGAGUUUACAGUGUGACAAUUCUUCCAAACAGAUGCGACUUACAACAAAAUGUCACUGUGGAUUCCCACCCCACCCCCCAGCUCUCCAGCCAACAAUUCCUUCGAAACAAGACAUUCCACUAUUCUGUCCCCCCUCUUCUAUCUGCGCAUGUGCGCGCACACACAAAAACCAUCCCUUCUUAAUGAACUCUAAGCUUGGUGCGCCCAGUUCCUUCAGCCUUUCUUCAUACACUUUGCCAUUUAGGCCCCUUCUCUUCUUCGUAGCUCUUUCUCUUUUCUUGACUCCUUUCCAACAUUGACAGUGUCACUCCUGAGCAGUGGUACUCAGAACAGAAUGUGCUAUUAUUCUAAAUGGAGCCUUGCCAGUUACCAAGUACAGCAAUUCUAUUAACUUCCCAAGAAUUGAGAACUCUGCUUUUGUUGCUGUAGCCUAAAAUGUCAUUGGACGUUUUUUUUACAGUGUACAGUGGUGCCUCGCUUAACGAAUGCCCUGCUUAAUGAAAUUUCCGCUUAACGAAAGGUUUUUUCUAGCGGAGGUUGCCUCGCUAGACGAAUUCGUUUUACGAAAAAUUCGUCUAGCGAAUCGCGGUUUCCCAUAGGAAUGCAUUGAAAUUCAAUUAAUGUGUUCCUAUGGGCAAAAAAAAUCCAAUGCAUUCCUAUGGGAUUCGCUAGACGAAUUUUUCGUUAUAAGAAAAGACCCGUGGAACGAAUUAAAUUCGUCUAGCGAGGCACCACUGUACCAUCAGAAAUAGGGGGCGGGUAACCACCAGACUUCCUGUUCCUGUUUACAGUUCCAAUGGUAAAAUGUGGUGUUUUAGGGUCGAAGGGGUUAUUAGCCUUGAUGUCUGGAGAAGGAAACUAAGCUGAGGAACACCUGAGGCCUUGAAAACAAAAAAGUAACCCUGUUGUGUUUCCUCCAUCUCCACCUCUGGCACUGAUUGACAGCGUAAUCUUAACCAUGUCUACUCAGAAGUAAGUUCUAUUGAAUUCAGUGAAGUUUACUCUCAGGUGAGUGGGGUUAGGCUUCCAGCCUUAGGCUGUGUACGCACUAUACCAUUAAAGCACAUUCAAAGCGCAUUUCCCCCCUCAAAGAAUUCUGGGCACUGUAGUUUGUAGGGUUGCUGGGCCUUGUAACUCUGUGAGGGGUAAACUACAGUGCCCAGAAUCCUUUGAGGGAAAGAACAUGCUUUAAGGGUGUAGUGUGUUUGCACAGCUGUACUUUGGAACCUCAGGAAACCACUUGUUUAGUUAUGGAAAAAGUUCGUGUUUGUUUUAGUUAAGUCAUGGGCAAAUCAGCAUUUAAGAAAUGUAAAAUAUUACCCAUGAAAUUUUAAUUGUAGCUAUCGUUGCAGCUGCUGCAAAUGCCCUCAUUGACAGAGGUGUUGCCACCCCAUUAUCCUUCAUUAGUAUCCUGGCUUUUUCAGUUCCUCCCUUGGUUUCACUUUGGUGUCACCUGCUUGCUAAAAGCUCUGUCGUGUUGUCUAACUGGGCCAUUUAAGUGCUGCUCCUGAUUGACACAGGUGCCCUGCUCUAAAGAACCAGACCUACUGCUGGGAUCUGUCGGUGGCUGUUGGCUGUACCUAUUUAUAAUACUUCAAUGCCUCCUUUCUGGAAACCACCAAGGCAACGUCCAGAAAAUCAGAAGAUGAGAACAACAUACUGCCCUCCUGAAUGUGAUGCUCAGAAAAGGAGGGCAAGGUUCUGACCGACAGCGGCGUCUCUGACCCUUCCUUGGCAUCCAGAGGGGGCAUUGGCCGAAGAGACGGACCGCACAGGAAUGGGUAGCCAUGAGAAGGACCCAUCUUCUCCCAAGAGGGCUCCGCCCCCAUCUCGCUCCAACAGCACUGUGUCUUCCAAGCACAGCAUUGUCCGGCAGGGUUCUGAAAGCUGGGAGGUGGUGGAUGAGCUGCGGAUCCAGAGCGGGGCCAUUCAGGAGCCAGAGAGGCAGGAGGGCUACCUGUUGAAGAAGCGAAAAUGGCCCCUGAAGGGCUGGCACAAGCGCUAUUUUGUUUUGGAGGAUGGGAUUUUGAAAUAUGCCACCACACGCCAAGAUGUCUUGAAGGGGAAGCUUCACGGCUCUGUUGAUGUCCGCCUCUCUGUCAUGUCCGUCAACAAGAAGGCGCAGCGCGUAGAUCUGGACACAGAGGAGAACAUAUAUCAUCUCAAGAUUAAAUCCCAGGAACUCUUCAAUAACUGGGUGGCCAAGCUGUGCUCACACCGCCAAGUGCAGAAGUUGGAUGCCUCCCAAAGGCAGUACUUGACUAGUAGCCAUGGUGGAAGAGCCUCGCAUCCUACACAGGCCUGCAGCUCACGGCACCGCAUUCUGAUGUCUGAGAGUGCCCCUGCUUUGUCUUCGCUGGCUGGCCCCCGAGACAAGGUGAAUUCUUGGCUGAGCGACAGCAAAGGCCUGGACAGGUGCUCAGCAGAACUCUCCGAAUGUCAGGGAAAACUACAAGAGCUGAACCGGAUGCUGCAGAGUUUGGAGACCCUGCAUCGCAUUCCAUCUGCUCCCCUCAUCUCCAAUAGUCAGACCUCAGCGAGCACAGAGAGACCCAGGAAAGGGAAGAGAUCCACCCGUAUCUGGUGCACUCAGAGUUUUGCAAAAGACGACACGAUAGGCAGGGUGGGGCGCCUGCAUGGCUCUGUGCCCAACCUUUCGAGAUAUUUGGAAUCCUGUCAGAACCAAGCCAUCUUUAGCGUCCCUCCGGAAUACAGCCAGCUGCAGAGAAGUUUCUGGAUUUUAGCUCAGAAAGUUCAUGGCUCCCUCAGCAGCGUGCUGGCCGUGCUGACAACGGAGCGAGACCGUCUCCAAGAACUGCAGCGGACGCUCGAUCUGCAACGCUCCGCUAUGUCUUCCGCACAGGGCGGUCGUGGGGGUGGCAUCGGCAUGGCAGCAGCUGGGACACUGGACAAUAUGGAAUGUAUCCGCCGUUUCCAUUCUCUCUCCAUCUCCUCGGACACAACCCUGGACUCCUUUGCCUCAUUUAACCCUGAUGAGCCGGAUGUCCUGUUGGCUAAAGGUCAGGAGCAGCAGCUCUCCAAUCGCAGCAUCGUGUCUCUCUCCGACUCGCACACGGAGUUCUUCGAUGCCUGCGAGGUUUUCCUGUCGGCCAGCUCAUCUGAGAACGAGGCCACAGACGACGAGUCCUGCAUCAGCGAGGUGACUAACAGCAUCUUGGAGGAAGCCACAGACAUGGCGGGAGGACCUGGGCGUUGUCACAAAGGCCCAAGCGCCAUGCCCUGUGUUGGGGACACCUCUGAGAUAAGCCUCGGCCUGCCAGUGCCUCUCCCUUUGUACCUCCCUGGGCCGGGCCCUGGGAUCAUCCGACGGAACUGCCUCCCGGUCUCCCACGUCCACGCCAGCGACGUCAGCGUCUGGAACAUCCUCCGCAACAACAUUGGCAAGGAUCUCUCCAAGGUCUCCAUGCCGGUUCAGCUGAACGAGCCCCUCAACACGCUGCAGCGCCUUUGCGAAGAACUCGAGUACAGUGCCCUGCUGGAUGCGGCCAGCCGCAACCUGGACCCCUGUGAAAGACUGCUCUGCAUGGCUGCCUUUGCUGUAUCGGCUUAUGCCUCAACGUACUACCGUGCCGGCAGCAAGCCAUUCAACCCUGUGCUUGGAGAAACCUAUGAGUGCAUCCGGCCAGACAAGGGCUUUCGUUUCAUAAGUGAACAGGUCUGCCACCAUCCUCCUGUUUCGGCUUGCCACGCAGAGUCUGACAACUUCGUAUUCUGGCAAGACAUGAAGUGGAAAAAUAAAUUCUGGGGCAAAUCCUUGGAGAUAAUCCCCGUGGGUACAGUGAACGUCCACCUUCCCAGGUUUGGGGAUCACUACGAAUGGAACAAGGUGACUUCCUGCAUCCACAAUAUCUUGAGUGGGCAGCGCUGGAUCGAGCACUACGGCGAGGUGCUGAUCCGGAACACGAGAGACAGCACUUACCACUGCAAGAUCACCUUCUGCAAGGCGCGGUACUGGGGUUCCGGGGUCAACGAGGUGCAGGGCGCCAUUUUCAGCCAUAGCGGCAAGGUUAUCCAUCGGCUCUUCGGGAAGUGGCAUGACGGGUUGUUUCGCGGCGUGGCCCCUGUCGGCAAGUGCAUCUGGAGGCCCAACCCCAUGCCUCGAGACUUCGAAAAGAACUAUGGUUUCACUCAGUUUGCCUUGGAGCUCAACGAGUUAACGCCAGAGCUCAAGCGCCUCCUUCCCUCCACAGAUACGCGUCUGAGGCCUGACCAAAGGUACCUAGAAGAGGGAAAUGUGCAGGCUGCAGAGUCACAGAAGCGGCGAAUUGAGCAGUUGCAACGAGACCGGCGUCGGGUGAUGGAGGAUAACAACAUUCUUCAUCAGGCGCGCUUCUUCAGGCGGCAAGUGGAUGCAAAUGGCAAAGAAUCCUGGUUAACCAACAGCAGCUACUGGAAGCUGAGGGCGGAGCCUGGCUUCAGCAAUAUGGACAGUGCCGUCUUGUGGUAGUGGUUAGCAACCGCCGGAGCGGCCGUGCCUGUCCGCCAUCUCCCAAAGCAGGGGGGGGGGUUAGGAGACCAGACAGUGAGGACCCCCUGCUAGAUAAGCACAAAGGUGAUCAAGGCAUGCAAUCCUGGGAUUACCAGCACCUCAUGAAGUGGAGGGACACCUUUCGGUGUUGCGCCAUGCACUUCCAAAGCAGCCCUACCCCCAUCGCACACUUGGGGAAGUCGAUCGUGGUCCUCAAAACUGCUGCCUGCUGGCUAGGCAGACCUUAGUGUGGAGCCUUGGGUUGCCGCGGAUGCUGAUAGGAAGCACUUUAACACCUGCAGAGUCGGAAAUUGGCUCUGGGGGCAGAAGCAGUGGGGCCAGCGAGACUGGACGCUCCCCCCCCCCAAGCAACUUGAAAAUGGGAAACCACUCUUUAAAUUUUCGAAGCCUGCCUUUUGCUCAGAUAGCAGCAGCAAAUGUAUGCUCCAGUGUGGAGUGGUUGUUUGCACAGCGAAGCCUAGAUACCGGACGUUUUGGGUCCUCCUGACUACCUAGUAGUUCCCUUCUGGGGGGUGGCUGGUCGCGCCCUCCCUCACCUCCUGUUUUUUUGGUUGUUUUCAAGUCGCUCCUGGUGGUUGUUCUGAGGUAAAGCCUGGCCUAGGUUAGGAAUUCCUGCUCCGGGAGCAGAUUAUAAUAUGUGAAGCUGUUGUAGCCCUCUGAGGCAACUCUCUUUCUCCCCGCAAGGGGGCUGUAGGACGGGAAUUGGGUUAAUGUUGCUCUGAGCCGAAGAUGCCUGGUAUGGCAGAGACUCCAGGACUUUUCCCCACGCCUUAAGGAAGUCCUCUGAGUUCUGGGCUGCUGUUGGGGCUUAUAACAUUGAAUCAGGACAUUGUGUGUAUGUGUGUUUUGUUUCCCUUCAUCACCCCAUCUCUGGUAUCUCCUUCCCUCCCUAUUUGCUAGGAUUGUAAGCCCUCCUCCUCCUCCUCCUCCUCCUCCUCCUCCUCCUCCUCCUCCUCCCCACUGUCCUUUAGCAUUUGAAGCAAUAACUUAAAAAAGAGGGAGUGGGGAAACACUGGCACUCCCACAAUCCUUUGCAGAAAUUUGUACCUCAGCAUCAGGUCAGGGUCUAUCAGAACUUGUGAUAUUCAAAGCUGCCUCGAUUAUGAUUGUAGAGGUGUGUGUGUAUCAUGGAAGCAAAACACGCAUUUUGAUCUCUUUCUCAGCUGUGGCAAGAGGAAUGUAGACUAUCCUGAAGCUCGGGCCCUGUUUUGAAGGGAGCGAAGAAAGGAGGAAGUUCUGGCUGAAUCUAGAGCAGGCCCACACAAGUUGUGGCCCAUCAAGCCAAUGCAGACCAGCGAGUGCUUGACAGUCCCCGUUAUCGUUGCAUUUCUAGGUUUAUUUAACUUCUGAGGGGUUGCAGUACACAUGGUUAAUUUGGCUUGGUGGGUUACAAGGUGUUGCAGGCUCAAGUCCAAUGGCUCUGUUCACACCUAGGUUUCCAAUUUUAUGGUUUUUGUUUCUGGUUUCAUCCCCCGCCCAAUUUUCAAACUCUGUUUCGGGAAGUACUGUAACUGGAAAAUGCUGCAUGUCUUUAUGAAGUUACAACAUUCAGGCACAAGUAUGAGACCAUCAUGCAGAACUCCUAGGACCAUCUUCCACGCUCCUAUAUCCUGCAAACCUGUCUGAGCUUUCCCAGUGUUAGGAAAACGAACAUCUACUGCCUAAGUGGAGAAAUGCAACAUGUGAAGCAGCCCACAGUUCCCUGAAUUCCAAAUCUGGAUGCAGGGCAGCCUAGGGACAUCACAGCUUUAUAGAUUUUUAGCGUCCAGACUCUUAUGUUCUUUUACUGCAGUUCACCACUGUGCUGCCCAACUCACCCCGAGGUGGUCGAGAACCUUUUCCUGCUCUUUUCUUGUUUACUGGCCCAGUCUCACCAUUUAUGCGGGUCUGAAGUGGGCGGCAUUAACUGAAUGUCUACAAAGCACUUUGGUUCCCUUCCUUGUUGACGGAGGGUGGGGUUUGCACACUGUUGGAAACUGAGCUUCACUUUUCAGCUGUGAUCUAUUUUAUUUUGAGAAAUACUUCCUGAAAGGGUUUUGAUAAUUGCUGCAUAGGAGGGGGGAGUUUUAAUUUAUUCCCCGUUCUUCGCGCCUCCCUCUCUGCCCCUUCCUGAAGAUUUCUUGCCCAACAGAUCCAGAUCUGUGUCCUGUCUUGUUGUCUGCCCCUUCUUUCCGUGUGCUGGUUGUCUUUAAUGUCUUGUCUGGCCCACAAAGCAGGUCGGCCUGCUCUUUGUUCACCUCACCUGGCUGGUCCAGUGAUGAGCUGCCGUUCUGUCCUCUGUGUCCAUGUGACUGGCCUCUGUUCUGUCUUUGUGUUGUGGCUUGAACACUCCACGGCGUGUCCAAUAAUAAAAACAAAGAUUUCAGAAAAGUUCCAACGUGUGGCGGCCAUUUUGUUCGACCGCCUCAGCUGGCAGGCAUGUGUUUUCUCCUCCUGGUGAUCAACUGCUUGUCCCUCACCAUCAAUAAUUGAACAGUAGUUUUUUUAAAAAAACCACCAUUCAUAUGCCCGUUUAUGAUUGCUCAACGUGCCCAGUAUGUAUUAUCCCCCUAAAAGCAACUCUGCAAUAGGAGCCUUUUUUUUAUCGUGCACAUAUUGCAGCUAGUGGGCAGAUGUCACCUCAUAAACCUAUGGUUUCAAAAGGGUGAAUCGCUGCCAAAGAUACUGUCCUACAUAACCAGUUUAUUUUGACAGAUGCAUGUUACUGCAGCCACUAGCCCUGGAAAGCCAGAGGAAGUACUUAACUACAUUGGCUCCCAGUACAUUUCCGAGCACAAUUCAACGUGUUGGUGCUGACCUUUAAGGCCCUAAACGGCCUUGGCCCAGCAUACCUGAUGGAGCGUCUCCACCCCCAUCGUUCUGCCUGGACACUGAGGUCCAGCUCUGAGGUCCUUCUGGGUCUGGGAUUCCCUCACUGCGAGAAGCAAAGUUACAGGAAACCAGGCAGAGGGCCUUCUUGGUAGUGGCACCCACCCUGUGAAACAUCUACCCAUCAGAUGUCAAGGAAAUAAACAACUAUCUGACUUUUAGAAGACAUCUGAAGGCAGCCCUGUUUAGGGAAGUUGUUAAUGUUAUGUUUUAUCGUGUUUCUAAUAUUCUGUUGGGAGCUGCCCAGAGUGGCUGGGGAGCCCUGGCCCGAUGGGCGGGGUAUAAAUAAUAAACUAUUAUAAGUUA